AGGAGGAGGAGGAGGUUAACCCAGGCAGCGGCGGCGGCGGCGGCGGCGGCGGCGGCGGCGCAGGGGCUGGGUACGCGCUGGGCGGCGAGAGCCUCAUGGCGGAGGAAGAGAGCGAUCAAGAGGCCGAACGCCUCGGAGAAGAGCUCGUGGCCAUUGUGGAGUCCCCCCCGGGCCCUGUGGGGCUCAGAGCUGCGGGCGACGGCAGAGGGGCCGCCGGCGUUAGCGGCUGUGGCGGCGGCGUCGGGAUCAGCAGCCGGGAUUACUGCCGACGCUUCUGUCAGGUGGUUGAAGAUUAUGCUGGACGAUGGCAGGUCCCUUUGCCACAGCUUCAGGUUCUUCAGACUGCACUUUGCUGUUUCACCUCAGCCAGCGCAUCCUUCCCAGAUGAAUGUGAGCACGUGCAGUAUGUUUUGAGUAGUCUUGCUGUGAGUUUCUUUGAGUUGCUCCUGUUCUUCGGAAGAGAUGAGUUUUAUGAAGAACCCUUAAAGGAUAUUCUUGGCUCAUUCCAGGAAUGCCAGAAUCACCUCCGCAGAUAUGGAAAUGUGAAUCUGGAACUGGUGACUCGAAUCAUUAGAGAUGGUGGCCCAUGGGAAGAUCCAGUGUUGCAAGCUGUUCUUAAAGCCCAACCGGCAUCUCAGGAGAUAGUGAACAAAUACUUAAGUUCUGAAAAUCCACUGUUCUUUGAACUACGUGCCAGAUACCUAAUUGCCUGUGAGCGCAUACCUGAAGCAAUGGCUCUUAUUAAAUCUUGUAUAAAUCACCCAGAAAUCGGUAAAGACUUGUACUUCCAUCAAGCACUCUUCACCUGUCUGUUUAUGUCACCCGUAGAGGAUCAGCUAUUCCGGGAGCAUUUGUUGAAAACUGACUGCAAGAGUGGAAUUGAUAUCAUCUGUAACACUGAAAAGGAAGGCAAGACUUUGCUAGCCUUACAACUCUGUGAAUCCUUUCUUAUCCCACAGCUCCAGAAUGGGGACAUGUACUACAUAUGGGAGUUGAUUUUCAUAUGGAGUAAACUACAGCUUAAAUCGAAUCCUUCGAAACAAGUGUUUGUAGAUCAAUGUUAUCAACUUUUAAGAACAGCAACUAAUGUGAGAGUCAUAUUUCCUUUCAUGAAAAUCAUUAAAGAUGAGGUUGAGGAAGAAGGCUUACAAAUUUGUGUUGAAAUAUGUGGUUGUGCCCUCCAGCUUGAUCUUCAUGAUGAUCCUGAAACUAAAUGUCUAAUUUAUAAGACAAUUGCAUAUUUUUUGCCAAAUGAUCUAGAGAUCGUCAGGGUUUGUGCUCUCUCAGUAUUUUUUCUCGAGCGUUCCUUAGAGGCCUACCACACUGUUGAAGAGCUUUACAGACGUCCUGAUGAAGAGUAUAGUGAAGGCACAAGUACUGUUCAAAAUCGGGUUCGCUUUGAAUUACUGCCAAUUUUGAAAAAGGGAUUGUUUUUUGAUCCUGAGUUUUGGAACUUUGUAAUGAUUAAGAAAAACUGUGUGGCAUUACUGCGUGAUAAGUCAGCAGUGAGACUUCUGAAUGAAAAUACACUGGAGAAUUCUGCAGGUAGUCUAAAAAAGACAGUGGGCCAGCAGAGCGUGGAUGAAGGGCUUGACACAGUCCCAGAUCAGAGCCCUGGAGAGACUGAUUUUGAUGAUGUGUCUGGAGUGCAGCCUAAAGGGCAUGUUAAUGUGAAGAGAAGCCUCACUGCUCUUAACACUUCCAAAGUGGAUCACAGUGUCCCAAGGCAUCGGUGCAUGUUAUGUAACAAGGAAUUCCUAGGUGGCCACAUUGUAAGGCACGCCCAGGCUCAUCAGAAAAAAGGCAGUUUUUCCUGUGUGAUCUGUGGUAGGAAAUUUAGAAACAGAGGACUUAUGCAGAAGCAUUUAAAGAACCAUGUUAAGAAGAUCCAGAGACAGCAGAUUGCUACAGCACAACAGGAUGAUCCAGAAGUUAUCACUCUGGAAGAGAUAAACUGUUCCAAAUCGUCCAUUUCUUUUGAAAAUGGAAAUUCAAAUACUAAGGGUUUAGAAAUAGAGACAUUGACUGCUUCCAGUGAUAGAAACAAAGAGGUCAUCCGUGAACACAUGGCUGAAUUCAUUAAAAUUCCCAUUGGUAGACCAGAGAAUGCUAUUGAAAAUGGCAGACCAGACACUUCUUUCAAUAAUAUCUCCGAGUCUUUACCUCAGUGUGAUGAUGACUAUGAAGAGGAAGAAAAUGAAGAUGAUUAUGAAGAUGAUUAUGACCUGAAUCAAGAAACAUCAGUACUUCAUAAAAUCAAUGGAACUGUGUGCCAUCCAAAAGAUGUAUAUGCUACAGACCAAGAAGGCAACUUCAAGUGCCCUGCUCUUGGCUGUGUAAGGAUAUUUAAAAGAAUUGGAUUUUUAAAUAUGCAUGCAAGGACUGUACAUCCAACUGAUUUAAAUGUGCGGCAAACAGUAAUGAAGUGGAGCAAAGGAAAAUGCAAAUUUUGCCAAAGGCAAUUUGAAGAUUCUCAACAUUUUAUAGAUCACCUUAAUAGACACAGCUAUCCAAAUGUGUACUUUUGUUUGCAUUUUAAUUGCAAUGAGUCAUUUAAGCUGCCAUUCCAGCUUGCUCAGCAUACAAAAAGUCACAGGAUAUUUCAAGCUCAGUGUAGUUUUCCAGAAUGCCACGAGCUUUUUGAAGAUCUUCCUCUGUUAUAUGAACAUGAGGCCCAGCAUUACUUAAGCAAAACUCCGGAAUCAUCUGCACAACUGAGUGCAGCAGUUCCUAAUCAUCAGGAAAUAGACCCAUCUAGUAAUGAGAACCAAAUGAUUUAUCAGCCAGUUUCUACUAGUAAAUCAAGGAAAGAUUCUACAGAACCAAAGACAUGUAUAGACACUAUGGAAAAGAAAACAGACAGUUUAGUUCAGAAUGGAAAUGAACAUUCUGAUGAUACUGUUUCAAAUAUAAGCUUGAUAGACCAAAAGAUGCCUGCCAUAGAGCCAAAUCCUGAAAAUAGUCAUAGUACCAGUGACUUAGUCAAUGGACACAGUGAAAUAGAGCAAACACUGUUAGGUGCAUCAGAUCCUAAUCUGAAAACAGAUAGAAACAGGACGGAAAAUGGUUCUAUUUUACCGAAUGUUGUAUCACAAGAACACCAUGCCCUGUCAGUAUCUCAGGCGCCAUCCAAACCAAAUCUUACAAGUGAACAUACUUCAUAUGGCUUAAUUUUAACAAAGCCAUAUGUCAGACCAUUGCCUCCCAGUUACCUUGAUGAACGAUACCUUAGUAUGCCAAAACGCAGAAAAUUUCUGACUGAUCGAGUAGAUUCCUGUUCUGAUCAAGAUAACAUAUGUAAAAAACCAGUAAAAAGAUUACGAUGUGGCAAAUGCCUGACCACCUACUGUAAUGCAGAAGCACUUGAGGCUCAUCUUGCACAAAAGAAAUGUCAGACACUCUUUGGAUUUGAUUCAGAUGAUGAAAGUGCCUGAUAAUGUCUCAGAUCUGUUGAUCAUGCAGUAGUGUUUUUAAAAAAAAAACACUACAAGAAAAUGCAUCAUCAGUUUGCUAUUUCCCUGAUGGCCUUAAUUUUAGAGUGGUCUCGGAUUACUAAAGAAAAGACAAAGCACAUUUUCUGGAAUGAACUUGCAGAGGAGAUGUGCCAGCUAAGACUCCAAAAGGGUUAUAAAACUCCCAAAGUACCAGUUAUCCAUGAAACCACACUUUUUAAAAGUUUAUGGUGAUUAGUAGCAGCAUGUUCAGUUUUGCUUAUGUGAAAACACAUUUGGAUAACUAGUCAGAAAUAAAAACCAGCUAUGGCCUUACUGAAGAAAGGAAAAUGUUGAUUCAUUAUAGUACAAGGUGGAGGGGGAGCUGGUUUACAAUAAACAAUGUAAAACAUUCUGAAAAUGGGAAUUGUUUUCUUGUUAUGCAUAUUCAUUAUGUCUUCCCUUCUGGUCAAACAUAUUUUAUAGAACUGUUCAUUGCUCUUUAGUUUGUGAUAUAAUUUAGAAGCUGACACAUAGAAAUGAAGCUUGAUUUACCACCAUGCUAUCUACUAAAGAUUGUAACAUUUUUUCCUGAUAAUUAAGUAGACAGGUCAAAGUUCAGUGAAUGGCAUGCCACCAUUGAAAAAUUAAAAUCAAAACAGAAACAGUGCUUGGCUAAUAAGCUCUUGAUAAGAAUGUUCAGCAUUCCACUUCUGUAAAGUCAGUUAGUUAUAUUUAAAAGGCAGCAGUGUUAAGUAGAAAAGUAAGAAAAGUAUCAGUUACUUUGGGGGGAUGCGAGAAGAAUCUAAGACCAUCACAUGCUAGACAAUUGAAGGAAAACACUGAAUUAAAAAUUCUUCAAUGUGAAUAAUGGUAAAAGCACACUGGGAUAUUUCUAUCUGUACAUAGUUUUAGGACAUUGCUUGAUGAUUCAUAGUAAAGUCCUUUAGACAUUAGUGUGAGUUAUCUAAGUAUGGUCCUAUGAAAAUAAUUGGCUUAAAAGUAUGUCAGUUAAGAAUCAGAUCAAGAGUUCAUUUUAUUCAGUUAGGAGAAUUUAUUCCAAAGUAAGCCAUACUAAUGUACUUUCUUCAAUAGUGAUAAAUUUGGCUCGCAUAAUAAUUUUUAUAUUUAAGGAAGUAUUUACACCAGAAUUUGCACAACAGGAACACAAUAAGAUAUGUUAAUGCAUUACUGUCCUUGGUGACCAUUAAUUUCCCUAAGGAAGAUUUUAACUUAAUGGAUUAUUAAAACAAAUGUUUUACAGAUUAAAAAAAAUCCUCUAGAUAUUUCCCACCUAUCUAUUAUUAAAAGAAGAUGCUUACAGAUCUCCUUUACCUAAUUGUGUAUUACUCUACGGUGAGAUAAAGAGACUACAAACACAAAGGCGAAUUCUUUAGACACAUUUUACAUCACUGUCAACUGAGUGUUCCAGUUAUUCCAGCAAUCUCAUCACACAUAUUAAAAGUUUUUGGAACAUUAUGGCUACUUGAAUGAGGUUGUAAAAAUGUGACAUUACUUUCAGGGUGGCAUCCAGACUUUUAGAAAUUGUUUUCCAAUAAUCUCUAUCAGAGGAUUGUUUUAAGGUUCUGCAUUUUCUUACUUUCCAUGGGCAUUUGCGACUAUGCAGUGACAGUCAUCAGUCCAUUCCAGUCCGAGUUCAGUUUGUUCUAGUUUUGUUAUGUAGCCUACAUUAGGCUGUGGAAUUUACACACAGAUAACAGGAAAGUACAACUCGUAAGUUAGUUCUAAAUCCUUGAAGUUCAACUCAAAAUGUUUUCCAUAUUUCCCGACAUUACAAAUGUAAUAAUUGACUUUUAGUUCAUCUUAAAAGUAUAUCUUGUAAUAAAAAUUCUGUUUGGAAACUGGUUCAUUUGCACAAUGAAGUUUUUUUUUGAAACGUAAUUUCUGCUUUGUACAUUUUCCAGUUAAUAACAUUUUACCAUUUCUUUAUUUUUUAUGUUAUAACCACUGCUAUAAAUAUAAGUCCACAAAGUGUUACAUUUUCAUGAAUUUUGAAGUUUGUGUGAAGAUGUCUUAAACAAAUUCCACCUGUUGUUUUGUCUUUAAUCUUAAUUUGAAGGUUUUCUCUUGACUUGUGUUGCUAGGAGAAAAUUUUCUUAUAGAUAAAACUGGUUCAUAUAUAAUCAAAUCAAAAUGUCACGUAAAGUUCUGUUUGACCACAUUUUUCUUACCUCUUUCUAUAUUUCUCAGUUUUACCUCUUAAAGAAUGUGUGCAUUUUGCUCUUGUGUGAACUUGCAGCAGUUCUGGUUUGGGAUUUAGAAGGAAAGGAAGCUUUGUCUUACAUCCUUGCCCCUCUCCUUUCUUCUUUUCUACUUUUGUGUGGAGGAUACAUGGACCAAGUUUCACAUCUUUGUUUUAAAAUAAAAUCUAUGUCAGUGAGGUCAGGACAAGUACAUACCUGAAUCCUUGCUGCUAGACGCAGAAGACGCACAGGAGGGAGUCUCCAUGGACAAGGACACUGGUACUUUGGGCACUAGCCAUAUUCAUGUUUUUGAAACCACCAAUAUAGAAUGAAUACAUAAUUUAUAUCAUUGAUCUUGUGAUUCUUUUCAAAUCACACUGAACGUUUAGCUGUAUUUUCAUGUUUGGUUUAAUAUUGUUGUAUGAAUGAAAAGCUUAAAAGGGAUGAUAGUGUUUAUUUUUUAAUUUAUUUGGUACUGUCAAACACCUUUUCAGAAUGAGCAAAUGCUGCAUAUGCAUUUUGGAAUUGUUAUUAUGUGAAAGAUAUUACAAAUUCAGCAAGAAGGGAAAUUUGUGCUUCCUUGUUGAACAUUAAAUUAUUUUACUUUGCAUUUUAUAAAGUACAAAUUAAAACUGAGCCAUUGAAUUGCAAUAAAUCAACAAUAGUGUCUCAUUUCAAGAAACUUUUUGUAUUGUACAUAGAUUUGUUCAAUAAAACAUUGUCCUUGUUGAUAA